AUGUCGCUACCAAGGUUACCGCGGGUGCCAAUUGCCUUACCGCGGCCGGGGAGUCGUGGGCCGAGUGUGCGGCCAUCAAACGCAGCAUGGCGCGCGUGCGGAGUUCAGGCAGGAGUGCCUGUCGCCCUCGGACAAUGGACACAACGACGAUGGGCGAGCAAGGGCAAGGACGAUAGGGACAGGGACAGUGAUGGCGAGAGGCCGUUUUAUCUGCAGUUGAACGAGAGUAUCUAUGAGCGUGUGCAAAAGGAAAAGGCAGAACAAUUGCAGAUUCAGUCGUUGCAGCAGAGAACGGCGCGGGGGCAGUUUUUUGCAACUAUUGUUGCUUGUCUCCUUACUGCCGGCAUAGGCUACUACUAUGGCCAAAUGAUCCCCCCGAAGCCAGACACGAGCUCGACUGCUCCCCUGAGCACUUUUCUACCGCCCAAACACAAUAUCUCCGAAGCCAACAUGGAAGCCGCAUGGACAGACCUGCACGAUAUCGUGGGCAAGGAGAAUAUUUCGCUCGACAAGCACGAUCUCGAGUCGCAUAGUGGAUCGUCAUGGUCUUCACAUCCAUCCGCGCCCCGCGACGUGCCAUUCUGCGUGGUGAAGCCAGGAGAUACAAAUGAAGUCAGCGCCAUUAUGAAAAUUUGCCAUGAACGAAAGAUUCCAGUCACCCCUUACAGCGGCGGUACCAGUUUGGAGGGCCAUUUCGCAGCUACAAGAGGAGGCGUCUGCAUUGACUUUAGUCGCAUGGAUAAGAUCGUUCAGCUACACAAGGACGAUUUGGAUGUUGUCGUGCAGCCAGCUGUUGGUUGGGAACACCUGAAUGACGAAUUGGCAAAGGAUGGCCUAUUCUUUCCUCCAGACCCCGGUCCAGGUGCAAUGAUUGGCGGUAUGGUCGCCACGGGCUGUUCGGGCACGAAUGCGUACCGAUACGGCACCAUGAAGGACUGGGUCAUCUCGCUCACAGUCGUCCUGGCUGACGGGACCAUCAUCAAGACUCGUCAAAGGCCAAGGAAGUCCUCUGCAGGCUACGAUCUCACACGCAUGUUCGUCGGCAGUGAAGGAACCUUGGGUCUUGUAACCGAAGCUACACUCAAGGUCACUGUAAAGCCACAACACACCAGCGUAGCCGUCUGCGCCUUCCCCACCAUCCGCUCCGCCGCAGACUGUGUCUUCAAGGUUGUAGGCGCAGGUGUACCCAUUGCCGCGAUUGAGAUUCUCGAUGACGUGCAAAUGAAGUGUAUCAACGACGCUGGCCAAACCUCCAGGACGUGGAAAAACGCGCCCACGCUCUUCUUCAAGUUUGCAGGCACACCCAAUGCGGUCAAGGAGCAAAUCAGCCAGGUCCAAGCCAUGGCCAAGAAGGCGGGCUCCGUGAGUUUUGAAUUCGCAAAGUCGGAGCGGGAACAAGCAGAUCUGUGGCAGGCGCGCAAGGAGGCCUUGUGGUCCGUCAUGGCGAAGAGCCAGGGCCGGGACGACAUGGGUGUCUGGACCACGGACGUCGCAGUCCCCAUUUCUAAACUCCCCCAGAUCAUCGAGGAGACCAAGGAAGCCAUCAGCAAGAGCGGGCUGCUAGGCAGCAUCGUAGGACAUGUCGGUGACGGUAAUUUCCACUCCAUCAUCCUCUACAACCGCACCACCGAAUACGAAAAAACUAAACGCCUCGUGCACACCAUGGUCCAGCGCGCCAUUGAACUCGAAGGCACCGCCACGGGCGAACACGGCGUCGGCCUCGUUAAACGCGAUUACUUGCCCAAGGAGCUGGGCCAGAGUACUGUGGAUGCUAUGAGGCAGCUCAAAAAGGCGUUUGAUCCCUUGUGUCUGCUGAAUUGCGACAAGGUGGUCAGGGCAGGUAGGAGCAAGGAGGGGGAUGGGGAAUGA